ACUUUUAAAAUAUCAAUUUCCAUCCUAAAGAGAGAUGCCCUUAAUUGAUUCUUUACUCCACCCAUAAACUCCAGGCUCACAAGGCCAAUACACAAACACACCAAGUUUUCUUUUCUUUGUUCUUCUCAAUUUAUGGCUCAAGAACCACAGGUAUAUAUGCUUUCAUUAUAUCACCUUGAUAUGUUCUAAUGAAACCUAGCUCCAAAUCCAUAGGGGUAUAAUCUGAUCUUCAAGUUGUCCAGAGAAUGCAGGGAAGUUGGGUCACUGAGGUACAGGUCCGAAUGGACUGCAAUGGGUGUGUUCAGAAAGUCAAGAAGGCUUUGAAUGGAAUUCAUGGUAUCUCUGAACUAUACAUUGAUUUUCCUCAGCAGAGGAUUACCUUAGUGGGAAGUGCAGAUCCUGAAAUGAUAGUGAAGGCAAUCAAGAAAAUCAGAAAAAGGGCAAUCAUAUGCUCUCAUACAGAACUGCCAGAGGAAAACCCAUCUCAGUCACAGGAGGUACCUCCCAAGGGUGGUGGUGGUGGUGGGUCAUCAUCCACUGAGUCUGCUAAUCUUCCAGCAGAAGCCACACCAGAUGAAGCAAGACCACCGACGGAGCCACCGAAAGAUCCAACACCUCAGGAGAUUAAUCAAAAGACAGUGGAAGAAAAGCCAUGUCCUGAAACAGCUGUGAGAAUGACCAACAAAAACCAUAGAGCUGUGGAAGACAUUCAACAAGUAUACAACCAUCCAGCGGACUAUUACAGUUAUGGAUAUGGUGGGGGAGCACCCCAAUGGAAUUACCAUCACCCACACGGCACCGGUAUGGGACUUGGACACCAACCGCCUCCAACGGCUCCAAGUGGUCUACGGUUCCGACAGGAGCCCACACCUCUUCCUCCAACCAUCAAUAGUUCGAAGCUCAUGUAUGAACCACCACUGCUGCCAAAUAAUAAUACUUUAAGGUUUAUGCAUGAAUCGCAACCUCCACCCUCCAGGAGUUCAACAAAAUGCCAUGAACCACCACCCCAAAAUCCAGAAUCCAAACAUGAUCGUGGAGAAGAAACGUGCAAUAAUCCCGAGUUCAAAUAUGACGCCAAUUUGAUCCAAAAGGGGUCACAUCUCAGACAAGAACCGCUGCCACACUCGAGUAGUAGUUCAAGACUCAAACCACAAGAACCACCGGUUCCACCCAACAAUUCAGAAUCCAAAUAUCACCGUGGACAAGAACCACCCUAUAAUCCGGAUUUCAAUUAUGAUCCAUACAUGAACCAAAAUGGUUCACGGUUCAGACAAGAACAGCUUCCAUACCUGAGUAGUAGUAGCAGUUCAAGAUUGAAGCAGCAAGAGCCAACACCACCACCACCAACACCACCUUACAAUGCAGGUGAAUCCAAAAAUGAUCCAUCAAUGUUGUACCAAAAUGGAAUGGAUUUCAGACAAAUAAAUGAACCACUAUCAUCACCCUACUACAGUUCAGAGUUCAGAAGGGACCCACCCACACAGCGACCUGUAUAUGUCUCGCAUAGCUACAAUGCCUACAAGCCACCACCUUAUGUAACUGGAUAUGAGUUUGCCCGGCCACAACCUCCCAGACAAAGGUAUAACAGUGAGCCUAACCCAUACACAGACAAUAUGUACCCUAUACCAAGGCCUUACACUGGUUAUGAUUAUGUCCACCCACGCAAUUCGCCUCCAGAUCAUUAUUCAGAGGAUAAUCGCAAUGGGAAUAAUAGCGAUGGAAAUAUGUCCUCCAUUUUUAGCGAAGAAAAUCCGAAUGCAUGCACAAUAUCAUAGUAACUGGUAGCAUACUUUGCUCAAAGUGCUAGAAUUCAAAGAACCUUGUGCAAUUGUCAAGGAGAAGAUAUGAUAAGCUUCAAAAGGCAAAAGGGAAUUUAUUCUUCGGUCCACUUAGAAUUCUAGACACGUGUAUUACCCACCAGACAAUUCAUUUCUUUUGUACAAUAAAAACAACUUUAUUCUUGGAAUACAUUCUGCAACUAAAA